UUGAGAGUGAAACGUAUACUGUUGGGCUAAUAUCAUCUUUAAAUUUACCCCCCUUGGUUCCCUGUGAUUGCUGUGUUUCAUUAUGGACAUGGGAGAAAAGCUAAAGGAGCUCAACAUGACAGGGGAUGAAAUGAAGAGAUUGACAAAGGCGUUUAAAGAUGAGAAAUUCAGGGCGAUGCUCAAUGAUUACGCCCGCGAGAUAGCAGAUCCAGAGAAUAGGAGGCUCUACGAGGAGGAGAUUGCUAUUCUGGAGCAGCAGAGGGGAAACAACAUUGAGUUCAUCCACCCCAAGCCUUUCAGGGCCCUGAGGACCAGUGUGAACCACAAGCAGAAGUGCUACAUCAACAUCUGCGCCAAUGACAAAGUUGGGAAGCCUGAGUGUAAGUGGGGGGUGUCCGAGGAUGGUCGCAGAGGGCAGUGCUGGUCAUUGCCUCACAAUCUGCAUCCAGGGAGGCAAGACACCGAUCCAAAAGGGAACAAAAUCAUGAUCUAUGAUGUUAUUUUCCACCCUGACACCCUCCACAUAGCAAACAAAAAGGCAGAAUUCAUGGAAAUGGUGAGCAGCACGGCCAUUCAGGGAAUCCAGGAUGCCUUUAAGGUGACGCUGGACAAAAACAACGUGAGGGAGAUGAACACAAAGUACAAGGGCAUGCCUCAGCCUUGUGUCAUCCGUAAACCCAUCCCUGGAUAUACAGCCAAGCCUCCUGAAGAUCACCCACUCGCCUUCCCUUACCCAGAUGAAAAAAAAAAAAAAAUCAGCCCUGAUCCCAGACCCAAGAGCUUCAAAAUCAAGAACGAAAAAACCAAAAUACCCACUGAGCCAAGCUAUACUGUGAAAUACCGAUCAUUCAUUGACCUGCAGGACUUCAGAUGCUCCAGAGACUCCGGAAAGAGCCCCAGGCCCAAAGAGAUUGUCGUCACUAUCGACGUACCGCUGCUGAAGUCAGUAGCAGAUGCCAGCCUGGAAGUGAAGGAGAAAACUCUGCUGCUGGAGUCCGAGACACCCGCCUACAGGCUGGAGAUGCUUCUGUCCUACCCAGUGGACGAGCAGAGAGGAGACGCCAAGUUCAGCAAGCAGAGGGGCCAACUGACAGUCACGCUACCCGUCCUUCCCUCCAAUGAGGCGAUGGAGCUCUGUUGGAGUAAUGACGGGAUGGAAGGUGGCACAGAGGAGCAGGAGAUGGAAGCUGAAAAAAGUCAAGUGCUGGAAGAGGAGGUGAUAAAAGGCCGGGAUGGCGUUGAAGGUGAGCAGCCUGUGAUGGGUGAUCAGAAAGAAGAUAUUGGUGAGGAGAAGCAGUUGAACGAGAAGGGAACAUAUGAAGAACUAGAGGAGGAACAAGGAGUUGAGGAAAAGAGAAGAGAGGACAUACAGGAAAAUGGAGAACAGAAUGUACUUUACAUUAAAGAAAGUCUGGUCAACCUCAAUGAAAAUAAAAGCAAGAAUCCAAUGAGAAAAGAAGAUGCACUACAGAGAAUUGAUUUAAAUCAAGAAAACCCAGCAAGUCUUCAUCUGCUCCAGAUCACGCCUGUUCUCACCACUGAACCUUCUAGUGUUGUAGAAGAUGCACAUGUGAACUCGUAUUCAGACUCAAGCCACCAAGUGAAGGACGCCGAUACGCAAGAAGCAGCAAAGGCAGGAGAGAAGAUGAAAAAAGAUCAGGGUGAGGAACUUGAGAUAGGUGAUCAGGAAAAAAUAGACAUUAGUGAGGAAGAGCAGCUGACAGAGAAGGUAACAUGCGAAGAACUUGUUGAGGAGGAACAAAUCAUUGAAGAAAAGAGGAGGGAGGUGGAGGAGGACAUACAGGAAGCUGGAGAACAUGAUGUACUUCACAUUCAAGAAAGUCAGGUCAAAUUCAAUGAAAAUGAAAAUAUAGAUCCUGUGAGGGAAAAGGAGCAGUUGACAGGGAAAAGAACAUGCAAAGAACAUGUGGCGGAAGAACAAGGAGUUGGAGAAAAGAGAGGGGAGGAGGAUGACACACAGGAAACUGGAGAACGGGAUGCACUGUGCAUUCAAGAAAAUAAAAGAAAGGAUCAAGUGAGGGAAGAAGAUGCACCACAGAGAAUGGACUCCGAUAAAGAAAACCCAGCAUGUGUUGAUCUGCUGCAAAUUUCACCUGCGCGGGAAAAUGCACAUGUGGAUGCAUAUUUAGACUCAAGCGCCCAAGUGAAGAACGUUCGUAUGAAAGAAGCUGCGGAGACAGAAGAGAAGGAUGUUAAGAUGGAAAUAGAUACAUUACAGGAGGAUGAACUAUCUGGUGAAGCUCCCCAUACAGAAACAAGCUUGAAAAACAUCAACGCAACAAGUGAGACACAAGAGGAAGCUUUUUACACAGAAGGAGAUGACAAAGUGAGCCACAUACCUGAGGAACGCACCCCUCUCUCAACUAAGGAUGAUGUGAGGAUGGAGGAAGAGGAGCAGGACCUGCCAGAAAAGCGGAACAUGCAAAAACCGGAACCAGACAAGAAGCCGCCGCCCGUUUUACUCAGGGAAAUCGACGAAGAUGGAAAUGUGACCGUGUUCAGCGAUCACGCCACAUCAGCGGGAUUCCUCUUCCAGAACUCCCUCAUGUACGAACUUGACUGAGACUGUAGAGUUGUUUGUUUAAUGAAUACCUGUCUGACUGUCAAUUCAACACAGAGUUGUACAGUUUUCCACUGUUGUAUCGCAGUUCGUCAUUCGCACUCCGGCUAUAUCGCAGAUUUUUUAAUAGUACUUAUGAACAUUCACCGUACAAACAUUUUGGGCAUGCAAACACUUCUGUGUUAGUUAGUAAACUUUUUUUUUUUUUUUAAUAUUUCUGCAAGUUUCAAUUAAGAGUUGCGCACCCUCGGUGUCGUGCCGCGCCGCAUUGUGCCGCCACAUGCCAGUCAGUAGACAGGUCUACUGGAAGAGGUGAAGGUUCGUUAAAGAGCAAGAGGCAGAGAAGGUCCCAACCUAUCCUUCAUUAAUAUAGAAUAUGUUUUUGAGUAUUGUUGUAUGCUCUGUUUGUAUGUAUUGCUGCUCCAUGUGUGUUAAAGUAGCAGUUGUUCAAAGGUAUAUGGUUGGAUUGAAUAUUUUGGUGUUUUACUAUAAAAUGUUUCUCUUUUGUCUUACAGUGGAUACAAAGUCUACACAUCUCUGUUCAAAUGCCAGGUUUCUGUGAUUGAAAAAAAAUUAGACCAAGAUAAAUAAUUGCAAAACUUUUCCCACCUCCCAUAGAAACGGGCUUCUGCCAAAUAAAUAUAAGAAAUAUAUAUAUAAUUAUUUAUUGUUAUAAAUGUAACAAAUAUUUGAAGCAUGCACACUUUGCACGUAAAAAAAUAUUUUUGUUGUUGUCCCUGUAUCACAGAUUAUAUCACCCAGAUUAUAUCACCUGUCUGUAACGUAUCCCCCACGAUAAACGGGCUCACUCUAAAGGCUGAAAUGACAGCUCAGAUUGUGGAGGUGUGCCUA